GCUCCCAUUUCAAAACCUCUUCCUCCUCUCCUCGCCGCAGCUCCCACCAUUCCCGCAGACGCCUUGUCCCCUUCCCAGCUUCCCCUCCCCACCCCGCCGCACGUCCGCAAGCCCCACGCCACCGUCAUGUCUCCGACCACCACCCCGCCGCCCGCGCCCGUGGCAGCCCCGACCUCCAAGGGCGCCAAGCGCAGCCUCAUGUCCUCGCUCAUGGACGCCACUGCGCUGCUCCGCUCCUCCUCUUUCAAGGAGGACUCGUACGUCGCGGCCGCGCUCCCGGCGUCCGAGCUCCGCGCGCUCGCCGACCUCAAGGCGCUGCUCGCCACCCACCCGGACCCCAUCUCCAUCUGGGGCGUCCCGCUGAACCCUCGCUCCCCUCCCGCCGCGGCGGACGACGCCGCCCCGGUCGACGAGCGCGCCGACGUGGUGCUCCUCAAGUUCCUCCGCGCGCGGGACUUCCGCGUCCGCGACGCCCACGCCAUGGUGCUCCGCUGCGCCGCCUGGCGCGCCGAGUUCGGCGCCGACGCCGUGCUGGACGAGGAGCUGGGCUUCAAGGACCUGGAGGGCAUCGUCGCCUACAUGCACGGCUGGGACCGCGACGGCCACCCCGUCUGCUACAACGCCUACGGCGUCUUCAAAGACAGGGACAUGUACGAGCGCGUCUUCGGCGACGGCGACCGCCUCGCGCGCUUCCUCCGCUGGCGCGUCCAGGUCAUGGAGCGUGGCGUGCGCGCGCUCACCCUGAGGCCCGGGGGCGUCAACGCCAUCAUACAGGUCACCGACCUCAAGGACAUGCCAAAGCGGGAGCUCAGAGCCGCCAGCAACCAGAUCCUCUCCCUCUUCCAGGACAACUACCCGGAGAUGGUAGCGCGGAAGGUGUUCAUUAACGUGCCGUGGUACUUCUCCGUGCUCUUCUCCAUGAUCUCGCCCUUCCUCACGGAGCGCACCAAGAGCAAGUUCGUCAUCGCGCGCGAGGGCAACGUCGCCGAGACACUCUACAAGUUCAUCCGGCCGGAGCUGGUGCCUGUGCAGUACGGCGGGCUGAGCCGCACCGGUGACCUCGAGAACGGACCACCGAAGCCGGCGUCCGAGUUCACCAUCAAGGGUGGCGAGAAGGUCUUCCUGGAGAUCGACGGUAUCGAGGCCGGUGCAACGAUAACGUGGGAUCUGGUCGUCGGGGGCUGGGACCUCGAGUACGGAGCCGAGUACGUGCCGGCGGCCGAGGACAGCUACACGCUCUGCGUGGAGAAGACGAGGAUGGUCUCGGCCACCGCCGAGGAGCCCGUGCACAAUGCCUUCACGGCUAGGGAAGCCGGCAAGAUGGUGCUGUCCAUAGACAAUUCUGGUUCCCGGAAGCGCAAGGUUGCCGCCUACAGGUACUUCGUGCGCAAGUCGUCGGCGUAGGCAUGCUGAUGUCUUGUGGUGGUCGUCGCGGCCGGCACCUUGCCGGCAGGUAGCCGCGAGGGGGAGGUUAACGUGGAACAACUGGUGAAGUGUUUACUUGGGCUUGUGGGAUUUGGUGGGGAGAGGUCAAGUUAGGCUGUUUAAUUAUUAGUGCUAUAACGACAUGCAUGUAUUAUGCCAUAUGUAGAAUAUAAUGUACUCCGUAAGAGCUGUUGCACUUUUGUCAUCACCACUGUUAUAAAGCUAAUGAUGAGUUAAGUUUUUUGGGCUA